CGGUAGCCGUCCGUAGUUGCAAUUUAGUUUCUUCUUCUUUCUUGUUCUUUUCUCGUGGUUGAUGUUGCGGUGUUGGUGGUGACGGUGGUGACCCAACGAGCGUAGAUUUCGUGUUGUCUGGUGAAUAAUUAUCGUUGUUGGUGAAUAAGAUCGUCGGGACUGAGAUAGGCACGCGCCGCCGUCUACUUCGUGAUCAGAUAGUCGUCGUUAAAUGCGAUUUAUUUGUCUUAUUCGUCGGGUAGAUAUUGUUAGAAAACGGCGAUUGAUGCGGAAGAUCUAGAGCUGUUAGGUCUGUGAGGUCGAGCACAAAGGACCGUAAAAUGAACUGGUUAUUUUUUGGCCCACUUUAAUAAUAAUAUCAUAUACAAAUUACACAACCUCAAUCGCGGGCGUUAUCAGGGAGACCCAAAUGUGAUCGAGAUAAUUCAUCUAGUUCUAUGGUCGUUGAUUAUUAAUGGGAUUAAGAAUGCUGUGGAUGGCCACCCUAGGCGCCAUAUUGGUAUGGUAUAGUGUCCCAACUGUAGAAAGUGCCUCACAAAUUCGACAAGGAUACCAGAUCAACCCAAAACCCUGCUGGGUAGACGGCCAAGAGGGCACCUGCAUGUUCGUGUUCGAAUGUAUCAACUCGAACGGUUACCACAUCGGAAUGUGCGUGGACGCCUUCAUGUUUGGUUCGUGCUGUGCUCACAACUCCACAAACGAUAACACAAUAGCAUCAAGCUCGUCCUCCCAUCGUCCACAAAUCUUGUAUACAGCCCCUAGUCAUAGCAGUAGUAAUAGUCAUAGCAGCCAAGUCACCAAAAAGCCAGUCAAAACGUCGUCGUUUAGUCAAUAUAGUAGUAGCCAAGCGAGACCUACGAGUCGACCUUUUAACAGUAAUUCUUCGAUCAAUCCAAAACCUCAAAUACUGGCGGCCUCUAUGAGCGUGAGGCCCAGCUACUCAUCCAGACAUUCCACACCUCCGCCGAGGCAUAGCGUCAGACCAAUGAGUACAGAUGCCUUCUCUAUAAUGAAUAUUCUUGCCCCUUACACUAAACCAGAAAAACAGCCAAGCACUGAAAAACCCCAUCAAAAUGCAAUUCAAACAGAUGGUAAGCCUGCUGCAGGCUGGCAAUAUACCACGGAACCUUCUUUUGUAACCAGAGUGAAGAAGCCAACGAGUUUUAAACCGAAACCCUAUAAACCAACUAAAAAACCAUUACCGAUCACUAGCAAGUAUCCAACUAAGCCUGUGAAAUCAACCACAGAAAAAUACUCAAGUAUUCCAUAUACGACAACAACGGCAGGUCCAAAAAGUGACACUGAAACCGAUUUGCCAAUAGUAACUACUUUAAGUAAUUUCCUGAAAGAUCAAAUGGCACAUAGAUCAGAUUGCGGAGUUCCUCAAUUGUUUACCAAAGCGCAAACAAGAAUCGUAGGAGGCAAAAAUGCAGUCUUCGGGAGAUGGCCUUGGCAGGUUUCGGUGCGACGUAUCUCAUUUUUUGGGUUUUCGAGUACCCACCGAUGCGGCGGUGCUAUCUUGAACGAAAAUUGGAUCGCCACAGCCGGUCAUUGUGUGGAUGACUUGCUGACCUCCCAAAUCCGUAUCAGAGUGGGCGAAUUCGACUUUUCCAACGCAGAAGAGACCCUACCGUACGCCGAAAGAUCCGUAGCCAAAAAGAUCGUGCAUCCCAAAUACAACUUUUUCACUUACGAAUACGAUUUGGCGUUAGUUCAGCUGGACAAACCCAUAGAAUUCGAAGCUCAUAUUCGACCAAUAUGUUUACCAGCUUCCGAUGAUCUUUUGGUGGGUGAAAACGCUACCGUAACCGGCUGGGGUAGGCUAAGUGAGGGAGGUACCUUACCUUCGGUACUUCAGGAGGUUCAGGUUCCGAUAGUAAGCAACGACCGUUGCAAGUCGAUGUUUCUAAAAGCGGGACGUCAAGAAAUUAUUCCGGAGAUUUUUCUGUGUGCGGGCCACGAGGGUGGUGGUCAGGAUUCGUGCCAGGGUGACUCUGGAGGACCCCUUCAAGUAAAAGGGAGGGACGGGAGGUAUUUCUUGGCUGGGAUCAUUUCGUGGGGCAUCGGAUGUGCCGAGGUGAAUUUGCCAGGGGUGUGUACACGAAUAUCCAAAUUUGUCCCAUGGAUUUUAAAAUAUGUUACUUGACCCAUUUUUCCAAUAAACUAAAUAUCAGCAUU